AUGCCGCCCUCCCCGCUCCCGGUUCCGAACUCCACGACCUCCUUCUGGAGGUCAAGUCCGCACCCGCUCGACAAUCACCGGUCUACCCCCGACGUCCCCUCACAGGUCGACAUUGCCGUUAUUGGCGCCGGCUAUGCAGGCGUCUCGACGGUCUACCACAUUCUCAACAUCGCCAAGGCCAAGGGCACCCCGCCCCCGAACAUUGUGAUUCUCGAGGCGAGAGAGGCCUGCUCCGGGGCAACGGGCCGAAAUGGCGGCCACCUGAAGCCGGACCCCUACAAUCGGCCUUCAACCCUUGCUCUCACGCAUGGCGUUGAGGUUGCCGGCGAGUGCGCCAACUUUGAGGCGGAUAACCUUGCGGCUGUGAAGAAGGCUAUUGAGACCGAGGGAAUUGACUGCGACUUUGUGUAUACGCGUGCCGUCGACGCGUUGAUGAGCGAGUCGAUCUGUGAGCGCAUGAGGUCUGGCGUUGAGUUGUUGAGGAAACAUGGCGUUAAGGUAAUGGACGACGUGUAUUUUGCCAAGGGGGCGGAGGCAGAGCAACUAUCGGGCGUUAAGGGUGCCAAGGGGUGCCUCUCAUACACGGCGGGCCACCUCUGGCCGUACAAGCUCAUCGUCGGCCUCCUCGAGAAGGAGCUUGCCGCCGGCGUGAACCUGCAGACUCAUACACCCGUGACUAAAGUCACAGAAAAGCCCGAUGCAGACGGCUUUCUCACACUCACCACGCCGCGGGGAACCGUGCGCACUAAGAACAUCGUGUACGCGACAAACGGCUACACGUCGUCGAUCCUGCCCGAGUUCUCGGAAAAGAUUGUCCCCGUGCGGGGGAUAUGCAGCCACAUCCACCCCGGCAAGACGCCCGCGCCGCUGCUGCCUCACUCGUACAUCAUCCGCUGGUCGGAGAGCGAGUACGAGUACCUCAUCCCGAGGCUGGACGGCAGCAUCGUGGUGGGAGGUGCCAGGGGCGCGUACUACCACGACUUGGAAAAGUGGUAUGGCAAUGUCAGCGAUGAUAAGCUGAUUGAGGAGGCGAAGCACUACUUUGACGGGUACAUGCAGAAGGUCUUCAAGGGCUGGGAAGACACUGGCGCGUACACGAACAAGGUGUGGACUGGAAUUAUGGGAUACUCCACGGAUUCAACGCCGCAUGUUGGCGUGGUUCCUGGUAGACAAAGCCAGUUCAUGCUGGCCGGCUUCACCGGUCACGGCAUGCCGCAAAUCUUCUUGUCUGCGAAGGGCGUCGCUUCAAUGGUGAUGGAGGGUGUAGACUUUAAGAGCACAGGUAUCCCAAGGCUUUACGAAGCUUCGCAAGCCAGGUUGGACAAUCCCAAGAAUAAUGUCUUGGACAGCUGGAAGGCAUCGCAAAAGACUGCAUCGAAGCUGUAG